AAAUCUUGACGUUUUGGUGCCAAACAAGCCUGGUGCCAAACAAAAAAACCGGCACGUCGAUAAGGACAACAAAUAAUAUUUUUGUCUCACUUUAACUAAUGAAAAUUGUAAUAAGUCAUUUCAUUUCCCGAUGAAUGAGAUAGAACAUACCAUUAGUCUAUUGCUUUCUCUGUCUACGUACUGCUGCUACCUGUCAAGGUCAAAAUAGGAAUGUGACUUGGCCGGGGAAAAGAUAUUUUUUACAUUAAUAGAUAUUUAUAAAUGUAAUGAGGAAGUAUUUUAAGAAAAAAAAAGAAAUUACUAAAAAAGCACCUCACUAGAUGUCGACCCUAGCAAAAGUUGAUUUUUGCAGGACACGAAUGGACCAAAGAUAGUUAUUUUCGUUCCUUUUAACUAACAUAUUAAAAAACUGAAAUGUAAGUUAAAAAAUUAUCAAUACAAAUACGAAAAAAUUCAAACAGAAUAUGGGUUGUUUAUUAAAUUUUAAAAAAUUAAAAUUAAAUUUUAAAAAAUAAAAUACGUGAAUGAAAACCGGAAAGGUUGUCAUGGAGAAAUCAAGAAAGUACCGUAGCGACAUCUAGUUUGAUUUCGGGAACUAAUGUUUUUUAAAUACUUCCUCAUUGUUUCUGUCUAGUAAGUUUUUGUUUUGCCGGACAAAUAAAGAUAAUAUUGGUAGUUUUUAAUUAUAUAGAGAAUAUAUUCAACCGCUUCUUGAAUGUUUAAUUGAGAUGUUUUAUGCAUAACACCACAAGUAAUAAACCGCAAACUCACCCGCACACUUAAUCAACGGGUUUUCAAUGUAAUAUUUAUUAAAAACAAAGAUUAAAAUAAACGAGAAAUAAAUUUAAAUCCACCGUUUAUUAAAAAUAUCAAAGUACAGUACAGCUACUACUAUUUAACCAACCGAUUUUUCGAGUGUUGCCAAAAUAAAAUAGUAUGUUUGUACAAGUAAUUAUAUUACAAAGCUGCUGUUAAAACAUUGAAAGUACAAUGUGAAAUACGAAAUAAAUAAUCUAUAUAGUAGUUCCAAGUUUGGACCAUUCAAAAAAUAGAAAGUAUGGUAUGUAAUAACAAAAAAAAAUUGAUAAUUUUUCUAAGUCAAAACUAGGCAACCCUAAGUCAAAACCUAACCUUAUUUAUAUUUUUUAGUCAUUGCUGUUUUUCAUAAAUACAUACCUACUAAGUCUGUGAUAAAUACAACAACACUCCUCCUACGUCUCAACUUAUACUUUUGAGUGUAAUAUGGAUAUAGAAACUAAAAUAAAAGAAGAUAUGAAAUCUCUGGGUUGUAAUUCGGAUAUGAAGAUCGCAUUGGCCUACCAUUUGUACAUAUAUUUGGUCGAAAAAAAACUAAUGUACGAUACAGAAUACUGUUACAAUAGAGAUAUAGACACGCUCUAUAUAGUAGCAAGACCCAGUAAAAACGAGAAAAUUAAUAUCUACGUGCCAAUUUCCACUUAUGAUGAUAUAAAUUUGGAAUUUAUUAACAUGGUACAAGAAAAUUUAUGUACUGUCGAAACUGGACCAUCUAUCAAUCUUGCAUUCAUUGAAGGAGAUUCUACAACGGUAAUCUACACUUUUACAAAAGGUUUGGUAGAACGACCACCACCCGAGAAAAUAUCCAAUAUGAGGAAGAAGGAGGAACGAAGAAACUUUAUUAAUAGUGAAUUGAAGAAAUAUAAGAACGAUAUUAUGAAUGACGCGUUAAAUGGUGGUUUCGUUGACGAUGAUGAUUGCCAAGUGUUAGACUGAAAAAUUACACCCAAGUUUAUGUGAACAAGUUCUCGAUUAAUCUUUUAUGAUGAAAGAUUAACUUUAUUAAUUUAUAUCAAUUGCUAUCUUAAUAUUGAAACCCAACAGAAGAUAUUCACAUCUUUUCACCUGUUGAUAAUAACUCAAAACGAAAUCAUUCUUAAUUGUAGACCAGAUAUUGGUAUUCAUU